AUUACGUGUUUCCGGUUUUGUGGCGAUCACACAGAACAGUUUCACUCAUCUGAGAAUCAGCUGAUAAACAGCAGAAAAUAUGAUUUCUUUAACGGACUCACAGAAGAUGGGGAUGGGGUUGACUGGGUUUGGCGUGUUUUUCCUCUUUUUUGGGAUGAUUUUGUUCUUCGAUAAAGCGCUCUUGGCCAUUGGAAAUAUCUUGUUUGUUGUAGGUCUCUCGUUUGUUAUUGGACUGGAACGGACGUUUAGGUUCUUCUUCCAGAGGCAUAAAAUAAAAGCUACUGGUUUCUUUCUGGGGGGAAUUUUUGUGGUGCUCAUCGGCUGGCCGAUCAUAGGAGUUGUUCUGGAAAUCUAUGGAUUUUUCCUUCUAUUCAGGGGCUUUUUUCCAGUGGCUGUGGGCUUCAUUAGACGGGUGCCCAUUCUUGGAUCUUUACUCAAUCUUCCUGGUAUCAGCAGGUUAGUGGACAAAGUCGGCGAGAGCAACACAAUGGUAUAACGGUCACAGGUUUUGUUCUUUAGUCUUUAUAUUUGUCAAAAUUUGUGCUUCUGGCUGGACAUCUCACUGGCCAAUUCUCUUUGAACUACUGAGAUCAGAUUUUUGAUACUUUACCUGUGGAGAAGUGUUUUUGGGACUCAUUUCCACACCAAAUCCAGUGCUGUUGCUGCAUCACAUGUCGGCCUCCAGGGGGCGACAGGGACCAGUGCGCCUCAAAACCACGACAAGCUGGACGAACAAAGUUCCACCGAGUGAAUUUUGACGCUAUUUCCGAGAAAAUUCAUUGGGUUCUGAAAGAAGAUGUUACUGCAUUUUUUUACUGCGCUUUUAUGUGCCAACUGUUUUUCUUUUUUAAAUUGUCAAAAUGUUGAGGCCAAUUUGUACUUUUUGACUUGAGCUCACCCUUGUGGAGUGGAGACUGUUUCAUCUCUUCUUACACACAGAGGAAAAUCAGCAACUUGCAUGAAAUGCUGUUGUUGUAAAAAAAAAAAAAUGACUGACUUGUUUAAGUAUUUGUAGAUACUUGAAAUGUGAGUGUUACAUGUACAUUUUUAUAGACAAAAAUCCAGUUUAAUAAAUGGAUUAUAGCCGG